ACGGGCGGCGCUGCCAUUGCGCAGCUUCCAUUCCCGGCGCUGCCAUUCCCGGCCUGUCUCUUCCUGGCCAUGUACCGGCCAGGGUUCCGCGCGCCCACACCUCCCUACGCGGGCGGCGGCUUCCGGAGCCCCCCCUCCGGUGGAGGGCCCCUGCCGCCCUCCCCGCGGGGCUACGGGAGCCCCCAUCACACCCCGCCCUACGGGCCCCGGCCUGGCCCGUACGGCGGCGGCCUCUCGCCCCGCGGGCCCGGGUUCCAGGGGCGCUUCGGGAGCCCCUCGCCGGGGGCGCAGACACCGCGCAGGCCGCAGAGCGUCAGCCCCCGGUACCCGGCUCCCUACGGCGGCGCGUCCGCGGCCGGGGCGCCCCUGCACCUGCCGUCGCAGCACAAGCGCUCGCCCGGGGGCUUCCAGAGGCACUUCCAGGGAUCACCCAGGACAUCUACUCCAUUUGGUACAGCGCAUGGCAGAGAGAAAAGAGUGUCUAAUGAUGUGGAAAACUAUUACAGACCUUCAAUGCUUGAGGACCCAUGGGCUGGCCUAGAGCCAGUUUCUGUUACAGACAUAAACCAGCAAUACAGCAGUGAGCAAACAACAUGUACUGGUAAAAAAGGGAGGUAUUUCAGCUAACACUUUUAAAGGCCAAAUAACUCCAUCUUGUCAGGAAAACUUUGGGACAAAAUCUUAACACUUACACAAGACGAACAGUAAUCAAGACCUUAGAUAAUGCUUUUAUUUGAACAUAUGUCCACCCUUCUAUCCUACUUUUUUUUUAUUGCAUUGGAUAUUUUUAUGUAUGGGACAGAAAAGGAGUGGUAGGAAACCUUACAUUUCUGGCUAUGUGGAAGUGCCUACCAGCUUUGAAGAACAAAGUGUUCUUUAAUCACCAGCGACUGAUAUGUGACUGUUAAAAUAGGUUUCCAUAUACUUACCUCCUCCAUGCCAGAUUGUUAGCCUUUUAUUGUAAAGUACUUUAGGAAGUACUUUAUGUUUCAACAUUUUUAGAAUGAAGUAACUUGGAAAUAAAAUAAAGUUUUGUAAAUUCUUGUUUUGUAAUGUAUAAAGAAUAUUUUUGGACUCUUGUUAAGGUGUACACAUUAAGACAAAUAGUACUAUUGAAAUUAGGUGACUUCUGUAAAUGUGCUUGUAUGCUGUAGUUAACCUGUGGUUUUGUGCAUAGUGAUUUUUGUUAAUUGCAGUGUAACAUGAAGUUGAAACGUGACUUUUAGCCAUCUCAGGAAACAAAUGUAUUGCUUUUGGAAAGUUUAAUUUGUUGAACCAACUCUUGAGUCACAAACUGAAUUCUGUAAUCAUUUGCUUCUGUGUUUAAAAAAAUAUAGUUGAAUCAAUAUUAGACAUUUUUGGAUUCUAGUAACAAGUCUGUGCAGUGGCAGUUUAAGUCUAAGGAGUACAUAAAACAUAAGAUAAAAUAACUGGAAAUGUUCUCUGUGAGUCCACCUGUUAGAAUAGAGGUUUUGUUAUACUGUUGACAUUAGUACAUGCAUAGCUUUUUUUUUUAAUCUGUACAAUAUUUUCCAAUUUUUUUUUAUUUUUACUUAUGGCAGGAAUCAUUGCCAGGAGAACUGUUUUGUGUGUGUGCAUGCUAUAUUUUUAUACUGAAGUGGAAAACAAGGAGUUGGUUUUUUAGACCUUGUCUUUACAUGGAAGAUUCAUGCAUCUAAAGUACAUCACCUCUGUUUUCCCCCUGC